AUGUCCAUCGCCUCUGCCACCCUCAGCAUCCCCACCCCGUUCAACGAGCCCCUGGAGACGCUCCUUGUUCAUGGGACGGCAGUCAACGUCAUGACCCUCGUUGGGUUUACCGCCCUACUCUAUGACCAUUUUAUCACGUUCACCGAUGAGAUUCAUUUGAUUUGGCGCGCCCGCAAGGGUAUCGUCUCUACAAUAUUUCUCCUUAAUCGCUACAUUGUACCGAUGAUGUUGGCUCUGGAUAUCUUUGAGACAUUUGGAGACGUUUCUCAUCUGCUGACGUUCUGCAAAGUCUGGACGGUGAUUCAAAGUUACCUGACGAUCACAUCUUUCAUCUCUGUUCACGCAAUCGUUGCCUGGAGAGUGUACGCCAUCUACAAUGGUCACCAGUGGAUCUUACGACUACUGUGGAUUGUGGGGUCCCUCAACUUCCUGGUCUCUGCGGCCAUCACUACAGCCUCUUUGAUACCCAUCAUUUCAACCCUUCAGCCUUACCACCACGCUUGUGUCGGUAGUGUUCCGGAUUACAUCUGGUCCAUAUGGCUUCCAAGCGUCGUCUUCGAGACACUCCUCUUUGGACUCACUGUUGUUGCAAUGCAUGUUGUACUUCGUUGCUGUAACAUUCUGCUCCCUCUUUCGCUCAUGGUCUGGGCCUUGGCCGGCCCGGAUCUACUUGGCCUCGCUCGCUACUUCGCCCUGGCGAUGGUCAACAUCGCAGGGUCUCGGCUCAUCCUCAACUUGAAGGCCUACGCCGACGCCCGUCAAGGCGGAGACUCCGACCUUGACUGGGACGUGGUUCCUCCCAUCAACGGCAUUGCCUACCCUCCCAAGUCUUCUGCGUGCCCGGUCCUCCAUCACCCAUCACCCCUCGCCAGCAGUACAGUCCUGAAACGGACGCCCCAUACCUCACUGCGCUCCCAGCACGCGCUCGAAGGACACGAGGCCCGCUCGGGUCGCGAGGCAUUGGCAUGGACUCGGACGUGA